AUGGCCGCUCCCGACAACAACAUCGCGGGAAGACUUGUCCUGAUCACGGGUGCUUCAGGCGGGUAUGUAUCCAUUCCACCUAGUCCAUCAUCUCCAAACAACAACAACAACAACAACAACAACGACGAAGCUGACGGACCAUCCCACAGAAUCGGCUCCGCCUGCGCCAGACAAUUCGCCUCCCACGGCUGCCACCUAGCCCUCACGUACGCCUCCAACCGCGACGCCCUCGAAGCACUCGUCCAAGAACUCCAAUCCGCUCCCAAAAGCGGAGACGGCUCGUCGUCCAAGCAAGCCACCCCCCAACGCUUCACGAUCCACAAAGCCGACCUGGCCUCUGCCUCCGAACCCCUCGCCCUCUGCGAAGAGGUCCAGCGCCAACACGGCCGCGCGGUGGACAUCCUCAUCUCCAACGCCGGCUACGGCAAACGCAUCCGAGACGUCUCCGACAUCCCCCUCUCCGAAUUCGAACACACCCUCAACGUGAACCUCCGCGCGCCCUUCUUGCUGGUAAAAGGCGUCGUGGAGGGCAUGAAGGCGCAGAAAUGGGGGCGCAUCGUUUUCGUCUCCUCCAUCGCCGCCCAUGGAGGCGGCAUGAAUGGUUGUCAUUAUGCUGCGAGUAAAGGUGGCAUGAUGGGCAUGAUGAAGAAUCUGGCGACCAAUCUGGCGGCUUGGAAUAUUUCGGUCAACGAUGUCGCACCGGCCAUGGUGGGUAAUACGGGCCUCCUACCGAGUGGUGAUCAGUUCCCGGGCUUGGUCGACAGUAUUCCUUUGCAGAGACUCUGCGAGCCGGAAGAGGUGGCCAACGCCGUACUCUUCUACGCCCGCACGGGCUUUGCCACAGGGCAGAGCCUCAUUGUCGCGGGCGGGCUGAAGUGA